AUGCUAUCACGACCUCUUCUCCCCUGCGGGAAGCGCAAGCUCUACAAUGCCUUUGGCCCUCCUGCAACGAAGCCCUCGUACAGGAACCGGUUUCAUCCGCAGCUCCGUGUUUACUCAUUCAGCCAGUCAGCAUUCUCGAGGCGCGAGGAUGGCUCCAAGAAAGCUGUGCAAGCCACCAAGUUUGCGGAAGCACCUCCAAGCAGGACGGACAGCACGGAGGCCCCCAAGCCAGAGUCUAUACAACAGAAUGAAACUCUCAAGGCUGAACCAGAGUCCGCCAAGAAAGAAACUCUCCUCUCGGAGAAAGUAGUCUCCAACAAGGAGCAACGAAAAGUUGACCUGGCCAUCAUGAAGGAAAUGGUCCAGUAUCUGUGGCCCAAGGGAGACUGGGGGACCAAGUUACGGGUUGGUACCGCAUUGGGCCUUUUGGUGGGAGCCAAGAUCCUCAACGUUAAUGUUCCCUUCUAUUUCAAAAGCAUUGUGGACUCUAUGAACAUUGAUUUUCUCGCCGUCGGGGGCACCGCCUGGACAGUGGCAGGAUCGAUGAUAGUUGCAUAUGGUGCGACUCGCAUUGGCGCAACGUUGUUUCAAGAGCUACGGAAUGCUGUCUUUGCCAGUGUCGCUCAGAAGGCUAUCCGAAAUGUGGCACGCAACGUCUUUCAGCAUCUUUUGCGGCUAGACCUGAAUUUUCAUCUGUCAAGGCAAACCGGUGGAUUAACGAGGGCCUUGGACCGCGGCACCAAAGGAAUCAGUUUUUUGCUAACGUCCAUGUUAUUCCACAUUUUCCCGACCGUGCUGGAGAUUUCCUUGGUUUGCGGCAUCUUGACAUAUCAGUAUGGGGCCCAAUUCGCCGCGAUUACGGCAGCCACAAUGGUCGCAUACUCUACAUUCACAAUUACUACAACUUCAUGGAGGACCAAAUUUCGCAAGCAGGCAAACGCAGCAGACAACCAAGGAGCUACAGUGGCCGUUGACACGCUGAUCAACUACGAGGCGGUCAAAUAUUUCAACAAUGAGAAAUUCGAAGUCAAUAGAUACGAUGCCGCCUUGAAGAAGUACCAAGAUGCUUCUAUCAAAGUCACAACGUCGUUGGCUUUUUUGAAUACCGGUCAGAAUUUGAUCUUUUCGAGCGCCCUCGCGGCCAUGAUGUAUAUGGCGGCGAACGGGGUGGCAAGUGGCUCCUUGACGGUUGGAGACUUGGUCAUGGUCAAUCAACUUGUUUUUCAAUUGUCGGUGCCGCUGAACUUCUUGGGUUCGGUCUAUCGAGAACUUCGACAGUCUCUGCUCGAUAUGGAGACCUUGUUCAAUUUACAAAAAGUCAACGUGACGGUCAAAGAGGUUGCGAAUCCGAGGCCGCUUGCGUUGACAAGGGGAGGCGAGAUUAAGUUUGAAAAUGUUACGUUUGGCUACCACGCUGAUCGGCUGAUUCUCAGAAAUUUGAGCAUGACCAUACCAGCGGGGAAAAAGGUUGCUAUAGUCGGACCCAGUGGAUGUGGGAAAUCGACAAUUCUCCGAUUGCUAUUCCGGUUCUAUGAUGCAGACUCGGGCAAGAUUCUGAUUGAUGGACAAAACAUCAGGGAUGUCAGUUUGGAUAGCUUACGACGAAGCAUCGGUGUCGUGCCGCAAGACACUCCACUAUUUAACAACACCAUCGAGCACAACAUCCGGUAUGGCAACGUCGACGCGUCCUUGGAUGACGUCAAGGGUGCUGCGAAACGAGCGCACAUCUUCGACCUCAUUGAACGUCUGCCAGCUGGAUGGAAUACCAUGGUUGGCGAACGGGGCAUGAUGAUUUCUGGCGGUGAAAAGCAACGACUUGCUGUUGCGCGACUGAUUCUGAAAGAUCCUCCUCUCUUGUUCUUCGACGAAGCCACGUCGGCGCUUGAUACGUAUACAGAACAGACGCUGUUGCAAAACAUAAACAGCAUUCUGAAGGAGAAGGGUCGGACCAGCGUUUUUGUUGCGCAUCGACUUCGCACCAUCUUUGACAGCGACAUCAUCUUCGUUCUCAAGGAAGGCCAAGUUGUUGAACAAGGCACUCACGCCCAGCUGUUGGCGCGCGAAGGACUUUAUGCUGAUCUCUGGGCAGCCCAAGAAGUCUCAAUCGGACAAGACAUGACCCUUGAACGAUCACUGGAAGAAAAACGCCAGACUGACGAAAAGGAGACCUGA